GGUUGGCCGGACCGGUCGUCCCCUCCUCUCUCCUAGCUCUGGUGCUCCGGCUUACUCCGUUGAGGAACCGGGACUCCGAGUCCGAGGUGGGUCGAUGGCCGUCUCCGACGAUGAAACUAUUGAGAUCGACUGCAACGAUGAGCGACGGUUGUGCGGGUUGGCCGGAGAUGACGAUGAGGAUGACCUCCGGGAGGAUGCUGCAGCGCUCUUUGGCCAUAGCAGCGAGCAUCCUGUCCAUGUCGGUGAUGAACAACAAGUCGGUGGUCAGGAUAACGAAGGUGAAGGGGACGAACACAGUGCCAAGCGAUGUCGUCCUUCUACUUCUGCAGUGUGGUUCGAUUUCGAGAAACUUUUCAAAUUCGUGAACGGUAAGAAGGUUAGGUUUGCAGCUAAGUGUAUACAUUGCUCUAAGCAAUAUUCUGCUCUCUCUAGUGGUGGCACUGGCCACCUGACCCGACAUAGAGACAGAUGUCCCAGGAGGCGUGAGAAAACCCGCAUGUCUCAGUCUCAGAUAUCUUUUAAUCCUGAUGGUAGUAUGCGUAACUGGGAGUACUGUCCUAUGGUUGCACGUAAUGAAUUGGUUUGAUUGCU